CACCUUACGUAUAUGGACAGCCGCCAUUACCCCACGCACGCCCCACCACAAACAACUACGACGUCGUCUCCAAGCACCACAACUACACACAUAUAUACACAAUGGCGCCUCCAGUCUCUUUAGUUGCGAAGCUCAAGAUACAGCUCAAGCUGUCCAUAUCGCGACUGCGCAUGGUGCAGCAAAAAGACAGCGCAAAAGUAAAGCAGCAGAGGCGAGAAAUGGCGCAACUCAUCGAGGUCGGCAAAGUCCAAUCUGCAAGGAUACGCGUAGAAAACAUUAUUCGCACAGACAUUACCACCGAACUGCACGAGAUCCUCGAACUCUACUGCGAACUUCUGCUUGCCCGCUCCCAGCUCCUCGAAUCCCAGAUCUCGUCUUCAAACACCACCUCCGCGGCUUCUUCGUCGGCGACGCUGCUCGACCCUGCGUUGGAGGAGGCCGUCCGCAGCAUAAUAUAUGCCGCGCCGCGCACAGAGAUCAAGGAGUUGCAGACGGUCCGGGCGCUGCUUGUGGAUAAGUUUGGCAAGGAUGUCGCCAUAGCCAGUAUGGAGGGCGAGGGCGUCGCAGAGAGAGUAAUCAAGAAGCUGCGAGUGGAAACACCAAAGACAGAGUUGGUCGAGGCCUACAUGACGGAGAUUGCGAGAUUCUAUGGCGUGCCGUAUGGCACGUCCAAGAGCGAGGACGAGGCUGAAGACGAUGAAGAUGACGAACCCUCGGGCGGAGUAGCUGAGAGAGCUGAAGGAGUCCUCGAAGACCCAUUGACUACAGACGAUGCUGACCCCAGCAAAAGUAAGAAGGCAGAGGAGAGAGAGGCCCUGGCCAAAGCUACAACGCCAAAGAAACUCGGCCCCCAAAGUCCGCUGCGAGUCGUACCUCCAAGCCCUAGCACAGAUAAUGUCGCUCCCAGGUUAAAGUUACCAGGCAGUGCGGCAGCCAAAAUCGCAAAGAGCGAUGCGAGUGCCAAGAAGCCGGCCAAGAAGGAGGAUGGGCUCGGCAAGAUACCGGACGUUGAUGAACUGUCGAGACGGUUUGCUGAGCUCAAGAGGUGAGAUGUAGGACAUGUUCUGUGUGGAAGCACUUGCAUCGUACGAUGAAACAUGACUCUAAAGUACCUCAUAUGAUACCAUAAUCAAUUCACAAUCACAUCGCACCAAGCCCAGUC